ACUUCAAGCAUGGCAAUUCUCCAUGGAUGCAGACAUCAGGGUAACAUUCAGCAAACUGCGACGUCAAUACGGCGACAUCUUCAGUGUGUACAUCUUUAACCAACCCGUUAUCGUCAUCAACGGCUACAGCGUCAUCAAAGAUGCCCUAGUCAAGAACGCCGAUGUCUUCUCGCACAGACCGCCGUCAUUUUUAACUGAUCAUUUUUCAAAAGGAAAAGGUAAAUAUAUCUGUAUAGACACAUACUUACAUGCAUAUUGUAUACGUGUACGUCUCUUACAACCGACUGGAUCAAAACUAAUAUUAAUCGACACAAUAAGUGGCAAAACCAUUCUCGAGGAUGCAAUACAGGAAGAGUUAUCGUUCUUUCUUCAGGCCAUCCACGAAUGUGUCCACACGGACUUCAAUUGUAACCGCGUUCUCAACAACGCUGUAGCGAACAUCAUCAGUUCUGUGGUUUCCGGAAAACGGUUUGAAUACACCGAUCCUUUGUUUGUCAAGUUUAUGAAAUGCCUGGACGAGAACAUCAGAAACAUUGGCACAGCCAAUGUCCUCAACGUUUUGCCCAUUGUUCGCUAUUUACCGGGGGACUUAUUCAAAUUUAAGCAAACUCUUCGAAAUAUAUCUAUGAUUGAUAAAGAAAUAAUUCGUCCGUUUAUUGAAGACAACAGGAACAACUACGAUGACAGUAACGUCACCAACUUCACCUCUGCUUAUAUCAAGGCCAUACAACGGCGCCGUCAGGAAGGUCAAGACACGAAUAUGAGUGAUGGGAAUCUAGAGACGUGCCUUAGAGACCUGUUCAUUGUCGGCUCUGAAACCACAGCUACUGUCCUCCGAUGGGGUCUGGUGUAUUUCCUCAAUUAUCCGGAUGUACAAGAAAAGUGUUUCCAGGAGAUCCUAGAAAACGUCGGGCAAAGCAGACGACCCUCCAUGAAGGACAAGACCAGCUUACCGUACGUCGAGGCAACGGUUACCGAGAUACUGAGGUGUGCCGACAUCAUACCAAGCAGUCUGCCUCACUCUGUACCCCAUGACGUAGAGUUCCGGGGAUACACCUUCCCUGAAGGAAUCACCGUAUUACCUAUGUUGAGCUCUGCCCUACAUGACCCGGAUUACUGGGGCGAUCCUAGGAACUUCCGGCCAGACAGAUUUCUGGACACUGAAGGGAAGUUUCAGAAGAUGAAUGAGCAUAUUCCGUUCUCCCUCGGUCACCGAGCAUGCCUUGGCGAGGCCUUGGCACGAAUGGAACUCUUCCUCUUUACCACCAGCAUGAUACAGGAGUUCGAAUUCCGGCCUGUAGACGGGGUGAGCCCAUCUCUACAGGGACUGCCCGGCAUCGUCUACCGCCCGCAGCAGUUCAACAUGAAGGCAAUACCAAGGGCAAAAUAACUACUCAUUGGUCUUGUAAUCUCCAUGUCGACCGCCUCCGUGGUCUAGUGGUAGAGCGUCUGCCCG